AGAGAUAGAUAAAUGCAAGCAAUCAAGCUGUGUAACGUUUUUCUUACACAAGUGUUCGUCGUUUCGUACGCGUUUUAAAAACAAGUUUGUAUUUCUUGUCACGAAUAGUAUUACUGCUGCAUACGUCGAUUGUCCAGUUAUUGCGACGAUAGUGAAAGUUCGAAUUCGGGCUUUUUCUUAACACGCCUUACCUACUAAAAAUUUUAACGGAGGAUCGAAGAUGGAUUAUGCGAAUUGGAAGAAAUGUCGAUGUUAUUGUUUUGUACAAAUGAAGCGGACGAUAUGUUGUUUUAAUCUAAGUAGAGAUAAAGAAAGAUAAAACAUGUUUCUUUGUUACACGAAUAUCUAUCAAACAUAUUUCGACGAAUUUUAAAUUAGCUUAAAAAAAAAAGCAGCAUUGAAAAAAGAAAAAGAAAUUGUUUCAACUCCCGUUAAAUAUAGCUAACAAAAGGAAUAUUUAUUUUAAGAGCUAUGAGAUACAAUUAUAAAAAAAAAAUUUGCAUCAAUUUGUAUCGAUUAAAACACAUAUACAAAAAGAUGAAAAAAGACAAGAGAGAAACAAAAAUUGUUGUAACGAUUAUUAAAUACGAGAAAUAAUUUAUUUUAAACUGCUGUUAAAUGCAGCCAUUAAACAAAAUAUAUUUGACAAAGUUACUGACAGACGAGGAGAUAACAAUAAAGGAAAGCUUCCUCCAGGUGAAAAUAUUGAGAUAUGUUAAAGAAGGUCCAGAAUAAUCAUACUUGUAAGACGAAAAUUUCAAUUACCAUAAGUUCAGGCACAACCAAUAUUUGCCACGCUCUUGACACCUUUUCUGUGAAAAAGCCAAUUUAUCGUAUAUCGUCCUCUCAGCAUGGAAGCAUUUGUCAUAUACUGAUUGUGUUCAUUUGUAAGUACAUAUAUAACAACGAAUGCACACCGGACACACCUCCUUCCAUAUAUGGCUACAUGGGAAAGUAGAUCGAUCGAAUCGAUCGAUCGAUUUAAGAACUGGUGAGAAAAAAGAAGUACAAGAAAAGAUCGAUAACAGAAAAAAAAAAAGAAAAACAAGAACAAGAAGAAGAAGAAAAAGAAAAAGAAAAAGAGAAAAUCGAAAGAACAGAAAAAGUAGAAAAAGAAAAAAAAAAGAAAAGAAGAAGAACAAGGAGGAGAAGAAGAAGAAAGAAAAAAGAAAGAAAAGAUGAAAAUGUAGCUCCCUCCUCGUCGUCUUCCCCUUUGAUAUUUUUUGUUUUUUCUCUUAAAUCGGUAACAACAAUCUUGUACCUGGGAACCACACCUUAGUCCCUUACUACUCUUCUGGUAGUGGUAAUCCAAGUUUUUCGGUGGUCACAGGUCCGCGCAGAGAGCUACGCGCAUAUUAUUCAUUCGCGCGAACGCAUUCGACUCGGUUCACCCGUUCGCGAGGCAUCGCGACUACUUCAGUCUCUGUUUUGUCUGCAGUCUUCGACGAUCCUUCUUCGAAAUCUAUCGUCGAGUUCGACGAUAGUUUGAUUAACCAAUAAGAAAGAGGAUCGAAAGAAGAGCAAAUUGGGAAGGCUGCAUUUGAAAUUUCGAGGACGCAUCCUUGGACUCUUCGAUUUCCAAGCUCGAUUUUCACCUACUUCAAUCGGUUGGCGAACGAUUGGGAGUCGAAUCACGUGCUACUCACCGAUAUUGCGAUGAUUACCAGGUAUCCAUGUACCAGUUUAUUCCUUGUAGGGCUAUACUUCUUUUUAAAUAUACCCAACGACUAUCACGUUCUUGGACAUGGACGACUUAUGGAUCCACCAGCACGUAACAGUAUGUGGCGAUUUGGAUUUCCGAAUCCAGUGAAUUACAACGAUAAUGAGUUAUUUUGUGGCGGGUAUGCAGUUCAGUGGGUUCAAAAUCAAGGUCAAUGUGGAGUCUGUGGAGAUGCAUUUCAUUUGAACGAACCAAGACCACAUGAGGCAGGUGGUGAAUAUGCGAAAGGAACUAUAGUCAGACAUUAUACGGUUGGCCAGGAAAUCGAUAUUGAGGUUGAGCUAACUGCUAAUCACAUGGGAGGAUUCGAGUUAUAUCUUUGUCCAAAUAACAAUCCUAGAAGCGAAGCAACCCAACAAUGUUUCGAUAGAUAUCCUCUCUACGUAUCUGGUACACGAGAUGUCCGUUUUGAAAUACCUUUGAAUACAGAAAAGAAAGCUAUAUUUCGUUACAGAGUUGUUUUACCACCUUACAUAACUUGUACCCAAUGUGUCAUUCAGUGGAAUUAUUACACAGGUAAUAUGUGGGGUACUUGUGAUAAUGGUACAGAAGCAGUAGGAUGUGGUAGACCAGAAACAUUUCGAAAUUGUGCGGAUGUUAGUAUCGUGACAAGUACAGCAGGAGUUCCACCACCCUUCGUGCAGAAUGACAAUCCCUUCUUACUUUAUUACAGAGAUGUUACAUCACCGAACAAUAUAUUCCCACUAAUAGUAAGAUCACAAGUUUGCGUACCUACGUAUCUUUAUCGAUUUAUACCUGGUAUGACUGAUUGGUGUCAGGCCAAUUGUCUUCGUUAUCCACCAAAUUGUCCAAAUAUGGUUUGUCAGUGUCCAGAAGUGUGCGAUGCGAUAGGUGAAAUCGAAGGUAAAGAAGGUGCAAGCGUUUAUUGUAUGGACAAGUGUCUAGUAUAUCCAUCUGAUUGUCCGAAUCAUCGUUGUCGUUGUUACUGACGAAAAAAAGAUUUACAAAAAAAAGAAGGAAAGAAAAUAAAGCAAAAUAAAAUAGAAAUUUGUCCAUCUUCGAUAACGUUAUCUAUGCCUAUUAAUGAUGGAACAAUUUAAUAGGCAAAAGGCAAACGGACGCUAUUGCAAUACUCAAUUAAUUAAUCAUUAGACUAUCAAUGUUGUCUUUCAUAUCACGCCGUCCAUGUGUGCUUGUCCUUUUAUUUUUUUAAUUACAAAGAGUGUCUCGUAUCGAUUGCAUGCUCAACGAAUGUUUCCUAUUAUAUGUAUAAAUGUUUAAUUAGAUAUGUAAGUAAAAACUCACGGAAUCGUAGAAGAAAGAAAUCUGAAGGAUUUCAAAAAAAUCAAAUGAUCUGCGAUGGUUCCUUCCAUUGUAUACGAGAAGAUAAUAAUAAAAAGAA